CUCCUAAUACUGCAGUGUCACUGUGUCCAGAGCAGCUACAUAAAGCUAUGGGGGGAGGAAAUUCAUCACCAAGUCCACCUCAACCACUUUUGAGUGCGCCAUGGAGGAAUCUGCCGCAGAACAAAGAGGAAGAUCUCGAUUAUGUGAAAACAUACAAACUGUGGAACCAAGACGUCAGUCAUCUCAGAAUUCUUCUCUAUGGACCAGUUGGUGCCGGCAAGUCCAGUUUCAUCAACUCUGUUGACACUGUUUUACAAGGCAGAAUUGCUGGCCGAGCUCCAACAGAUGCAAUCUCUGGGAGCAGCUACACCAAAAAGUACAAAACUUACAAGAUCAGAAAAGGUCAAGGGAGCCAUUAUCCUUUCGUCUUCAAUGACAUCAUGGGCUUUGAGAAAGACACUGACAGAGGAGUUGAUGUGGACGAUGUCAUACUGGCCAUGAAAGGACAUGUGGAAGAAAAUCACCAGUUCGAUCCCACACAACGGUUGAAGGAGGGUAAUGAAGGCUACAGGUCAUCUCCCACUCUGAAUGACAGAGUUCACGCUCUGGUUUGUGUCAUUCCUGCUGACAAAGUCUCUUUAGUAGAUGAUAAAGUGGUGAAGAAGAUGAGAGAAGUCCGACUGGCAGCCAGUCAACUGGAUAUUCCCCAACUGGCUAUUCUCACCAAAGUUGAUUUAGCCUGUCCUGAGGUGAAACAAAAUCUAAACAAUGCCUAUAAGAGCAUCUACCUGAAGGAACAGGUCGACAAAAUAAACAUGUUGCUGGGCAUUCCACUAAACAGCAUCUUUCUUGUGAAGAACUAUGAUCCAGAUCCCAACAUCAAUGAUGACAUGAAUGCACUGAUAAUAAAUGCACUGAGACAGAUGAUUACCUUUGGAGACGACUUCCUCAGCGACCUGUAGACCAACAUUCUGCUGACACAAACCUUGGUCAAAGCAUGAAAACAAAAAAGAAAGUUUGAUGAAUUAUGCAGUCUUUGUGUAUCUUCAUGAAUCGUUUUUGGCUUCUAACCUCUCCUGCACAGUGUUACAUUUGUAUACACAUGUACAGUACCAGUCAAAAGUUUGGACACACUUUUCCAUUCAAGUAAAUGGGAAAGUGUGUCCAAACUUUUGACUGGUACUGUAUGUGUAAGUAAGCUAUGUUAAACAUUAGGUAUUCUGUAAACACAUGCACAGCUGCCAGUCUGCAAAGAUGGAUAAUCAUAAAGCAGCUCUUCUUACUACAAUGUAAGAAGAGACAAAAAAGUAUUAUAUUUCAAUGCACAAGUUGAAGGAACUGACGGGAGGACAUUUCACUGGAGUGUUAUGAUUUGAUGUGGUGAUUCAUUCAUUCAUUCAUUCAUUAAUUCAUUCAUUCAUCAGUUGACAAUAAUAUAUCAGUAUUAUAUCAUCAUGUGAGGCUUCACUGCAUAACUUUUAGUUGAGUUUAGGAGAUGAAAUUCCUGUAUAAAGUAUAUGUAACGUGUUCAAAACCUGGCUUUGCAAAAAUGAUGCAUGUUUGUACUGUGUAAGAUUAAAUGAAAGACACUGAAAUAAAUAAACAUGAA